AUGUAUUCGCAUUCUAACCUGAAGGUAAAAAAUAUAUUUAUGUUUAUGAGGUGAGUAGUACUAAUAAAUAAUACUCAAAAACUAAAGAAAUUGAUGUUAAAAGUGGUUCUAAUUGUGGUUGUAAUGUUUGGUUUCCUUAAUAAUAUAUAAAGUAGAAAUGUCUAAUUGUGAAUAAGAAUGGAUAUAAUAUUAAUUUAAUAAGGAUGAACCAAAAUGGUGAUUUUAUAACAAAAUAAUCUAUUGAUUUUGGACAUCAUAAUAUAUUUGCAUAGAUGAGUGAAGAUGGAGAGUAUUUGAUGAAUUGGGAUAAUAAAUCAAAGGAAAUUUAAAUAAGAAAAUAUCAUUAAGAAUGA